GACUCCCGAACUUCACAAAAUGCAAUGGGUCGUCUGAAAUUGGCGUUUCGAAAUGUUCUCGUUCCAUUAUUUUUUGUCUAUUUUUUCCUACACAUUGGCAUCACAACUUGGAAACUUUUUCAAGUGGAUAGUACGAGGAUUGGGUAUGAGAACCUAAGAGAUGGACCACUUCUCUCAAAGUCAGGGAUGCACGUAAGAAAAGGAAAUGUGAUCGAAGCAAUAGGUUAUGGAAAAUUGUCAGCAAUCGGAUUUGGUGGAGGUGGACCACUCAGAAAUAAGAAGAAAAAACCAAAGCAGGUUCAUCCAGUUCUUCGGCGAAAGGACGUGGGAGUUCCAGUGAUUUCAGAGAAUGUAAAAGAGACUCUUGUCUCGGAAGGAAAUAGUAUUCUCAACAAGACAUCUGAAAAUUCCAACUUUAUAUAUUUUGCAAUGAUAAACAAUGCCUACGAGAGAAUGACACUUAAUUGGAUUUGUAACACGGCUUUGAUGGAUAAUGUUCACAAUCGGACCCUUAUUGUCAGUAUGGACUCAUCAACGUGUGCUGCUAUAAAAUCGCAAUGGGACGAAACUAUAAAAUGCGUAUCUUUAAACAUUGAUACUUACAAAACUGGUUACGAGUGGGGAAAACAAGAAUAUAUCAAUAUUCUGACUCUCCGUGCUAAUUUGAUGGAUCUUUUGGCAACGAAUAAUAUUCCAUUUGUUCUUAUUGAAGCCGAUGCGACGUGGUUCAAAGAUCCACUGGAAUUAUUUGCAAACCGAACGAAUACAGAAGAAGAUUUUGAUAUAAUAGUUCCAGUGAAAGGUUAUGACGGAGGAAGUUGGGAUACGAUGGCUUUUGAUCCAAUGUUGGUUGGAAGUACGAAUGGAUCAAAAAUGUUUAUAAAGGAGAUGAAGGAAAGAUUGAAUGCCGAUCAGAAGUUGUAUGAUCAGGACGUAAUGAAUCAGUUAUGUGCAUCACAACACAACGGCCUAGUCUGUCGACAGUUUGAAUACAAUGAGGUGGCAGAUGGCAAAUGGUUCAAAAUGGACGAAAGAGAACGGAAAAUUCCAUAUAUUCUUAAUAAUAAUUUUAAUUCGGGGACUACGAACAAGGAGACAAGGCAAGCGCUUAAUGGGUUCUGGUUUUUGGCAACUAAAACAAAUCAAUGUGUUAUUUCAAAAGUGACAAAGUUUAUGCAAAAGUAUUCAAAUUAAAACUGUCAUUAUCAUACAUCCUUCCGAAAAAAAACUUCAUUUCAUUUCUGGUAUUUCAAUUUUCCCGGGUUUUCAAAUGUUUUGUGAUUUAAUUUAUGUGAUUCGAAAUAUUGGAUAAACACCUCCAAACUC